CUGCAAGCCAACGGGCCUUGCUGGGCUCGACAUCAUUAUACGGCUCGCGACCGCGUCCGUCUCCAUUUGAAAUCGCAAACAACCACCAUCAACCAACGUCUCCCUACCAUCAUUUCAAAACCAUCUACGGUGCAGCCAAGGCGGCAAGAUGACUACAGCUCACAGGCCCACGUUUGAUCCCGCCCGAGGCAAAGAUGCCCUGCGAGGCCCGGCAUACCACCAACGUCUGCUUCCGGCGCAUACAACACUCAAGUACCGAAGGCGAGGCCAAGGCGGAGCUGCCGAUGAGGGCGAGGGCGCCGUCGACCUGCGCGCGGAGCUGCUCGCCGCUGAGGCCGCCCAUUUUGCGAAACUGAACGGCGGCUCGAGCGCGACCGCUGCUGCAUCUUCCUCUCGCCGGAGCCCCGUUCCCGGCAGCAAACCCGAUGGCGACGACGACAUGUCUGGUUCCGACGAAGCCACAGCCCAAGCAAAACGUCGCAUCGCCAAUGAUGAUGAGGACCCAGAGGCGAAGCGCCGGCGGAUAUUAGAAGAGUCAAGAGACCUUGAUCGCGACGACUCGGACGACAGCGAAGAAGAGGAUGACGAAGACGACGCAAGCGACGACGACAGCGACGACUCGGACGACGAGGACGCGCUGCUGCGGCGGGAGCUGGAGAAGAUCAAGCGUGAGAAGGCGGAGAAGCGGGAGAAGGAAGAGCGCGAGAGGGCGGCGGCCGAGGCGGAGGAGCGCGAGCGCGACAUCGCCCGAGGCAACCCGCUGCUGAACAAGCCCGACUUCAACAUCAAGCGCAGGUGGGACGACGACGUGGUGUUCAAGAACCAGGCGCGUGGCACCGAGGAAAAGGGAAAGAGGAAAGAGUUCAUCAACGAUCUCCUUCGUUCUGAUUUCCACAAGAGGUUCAUGAGCAAGUACGUCAGGUAGGGGCUCGGUGUGGUGGCUUGGAUUACUGCAUACUGUUGUUCUUUGUAGCUGUCUUGUCAAAGCUAGGGGAUAGUGACUUGCGGACUGGAAUUCAAAACCCCAAGUUGUCUCCCAAGUGGCUUCAUUCUGAAAGCCUCCAUUUGGUUAUUCUGAUUUCUUCUACAGUUUAGAUACCAACCGUUUUUUUUUUUGCGCUAUGGAAACCUCUGAUCGACCUCUGUG